AAUCCCUGCACACAUGAUGCAAAUCAGCGUGUUCCUGCCUGCUGUCCGGGACUGCAGUUAAUUUUAGCCAGGGUUUGUUCUACAAGUUGUAAAACUGUUUACCCAAGUAGAAGCUCCAAGACUGAAAUGUGAGUGCUCUGCCUAAUGUGAUAGGAGCUCUAUUUUAGACUUCAGACUGUAUUUAUGAUCCGCAGAGCAGCCUUCUGAAGAAUUGUUGUGGCUCAGGUUUCUAUUGAAACGACUUGUCAUGGCAUCUCCAGGCUCUGAGAGACUUGCCUAUGAUGAUUAAAGAGAUACAAGAGUUUUACCUGAAGAGGAAUGACUCAGGAGUGACUCCUUGUGCCAAAAGAAGCUCAUAAUUAAGCAGGUCCAAAGUUUGGAAUUUUUUUUUACAACUUCUUAAGACAGAUACUUGCAAGAGGGGAUAUCACAGCAUUUCCAGUCUCAGAGAAAAAUAUGGAAUGUGUUUUACUGCUGACUGAACACAACCAAACAAACUGUACAGACAAUAGUUUGAGAACCAGCAGUUAGCAGUUUACUCAGACUCUAACACUAUCCAGCACUUUCCAGAGCAAAAUCUCUGUUUACAAGAACUCUACCUUACAAGGUUUUUACAAAACCUCAAGCUUGGUUUAUUUCAGUAUUUCUACAACAGAAAAACUCCUGCAGUCCACUUGCAAACAUGGCUAUGGAUGAUUACUUGUGGAUGGUCAUUUUGGGCUUUAUCAUAGCCUUUAUUUUGGCAUUUUCCGUUGGUGCAAAUGAUGUAGCCAAUUCCUUUGGCACAGCUGUGGGCUCUGGCGUGGUAUCUUUGAAGCAAGCUUGCAUUUUGGCAUCAAUAUUUGAAACCACGGGCUCAGUGUUGUUAGGAGCAAAAGUGGGAGAGACUAUUCGAAAAGGUAUCAUUGACGUGAACCUAUACAAUGAGACAGUGGAAACGCUGAUGGCUGGGGAAGUUAGCGCCAUGGUUGGUUCUGCAGUUUGGCAGCUGAUAGCAUCAUUCUUGAGACUUCCAAUCUCUGGAACCCAUUGCAUUGUGGGUUCUACCAUAGGAUUCUCUCUUGUUGCAAUUGGUACAAAAGGUGUACAGUGGAUGGAGCUUGUCAAGAUUGUUGCUUCUUGGUUUAUAUCUCCACUGUUGUCUGGUUUCAUGUCUGGCGUGCUGUUUGUGCUGAUCAGAAUUUUCAUCCUAAAAAAGGAGGACCCAGUCCCCAAUGGUCUCCGUGCACUUCCACUAUUCUAUGCUGCUACCAUAGCAAUUAAUGUAUUUUCCAUCAUGUACACUGGGGCACCAGUAUUAGGUUUGGUUCUUCCAAUCUGGGCAAUAGCUCUCAUUUCAUUUGGCGUUGCUAUUGUAUUUGCUAUUUUUGUGUGGUUGGUCGUUUGUCCAUGGAUGAAGAGGAAAAUAGCAGGCAAAUUAAAGAAAGAGGGUGCCUUGUCAAGAGUAUCUAAUGAAAGUCUCCAUAAAAUCCAAGAAACAGAGUCCCCAGUAUUUAAGGAACUCCCUGGUGCCAAGGCAAAUGACGAUAGCACUGUUCCUCUCACUGGUUCAGCCCCUGAAGCCCCCGGAGUGUCAGAAGGCACAGUAAAUGGAAGCCACCCCCGAGUGCCGUAUGGAAGGGCACUUUCCAUGACCCAUGGUUCUGUGAAGUCCCCUGUGUCCAAUGGCACUUUUGGCUUUGACAGUCAGAUGAGAAGCGACGGACAUGUCUAUCACACUGUACACAAAGACUCGGGGCUCUAUAAAGACUUGCUGCACAAAAUCCAUCUUGACAGAGGGCCUGAUGAAAAGCCCUUGCAAGAAAGUAAUUACAAGUUACUUCGUCGAAACAAUAGCUACACCUGCUACACGGCAGCCAUCUGCGGGAUGCCUGUGCACUCAGCCUUUAAGGCUGCCGACUCAUCCUCAGCGCCAGAAGACAGCGAGAAGCUUGUGAGCGACGCCGUGACCUAUUCCAAGAAGAGGCUCCGCUACGACAGUUACUCCAGCUACUGCAACGCGGUGGCCGAGGCCGAGAUAGAGGCCGAAGAAGGCGGCGUGGAGAUGAGGCUGGCCUCGGAGCUGGCCGACCCUGGCCAGCCCCUGGAGGAUCCUGGGGAAGAGGAGAAGGAGGAGAAGGACACGGCCGAAGUGCACCUUCUCUUCCAUUUCCUGCAGGUCCUCACCGCCUGCUUUGGCUCCUUUGCUCACGGAGGCAACGACGUGAGUAAUGCAAUUGGCCCUCUGGUAGCCCUGUGGCUUAUUUACCAGCAAGGUGGAGUACUACAGGAAGCAGCAACUCCAGUCUGGCUACUGUUUUAUGGAGGAGUUGGAAUUUGUGCAGGUCUCUGGGUUUGGGGAAGAAGAGUUAUCCAGACAAUGGGGAAAGACCUCACUCCAAUCACCCCAUCUAGUGGAUUUUGCAUUGAAGUCAUGUGUGCGCUAACCGUGCUAUCCGCCUCAAAUGGGGGCAUUCCAAUCAGCUCCACUCACUGCAAGGUCGGCUCAGUGGUAGCAGUGGGCUGGAUCCGUUCACGAAAGGCCGUUGACUGGCAUCUCUUCCGGAACAUCUUUGUGGCCUGGUUUGUGACUGUCCCAGUGGCUGGUUUAUUCAGCGCCGCGGUGAUGGCCGUCUUAAUGUACGGCAUUCUGCCCUACGUGUGAUGGCGCUCCAGAGAAUAAAUACGUACAUCAGGAAAAGGAUAGUCCAGUGUGUGGAUGGGUGUGGCGUGGUGUGAUUGGCUCUUCAUGGCACACAUGUGGCACACACGUCUACAGCACGCACAUACAUGCUCGCUCCAAGCCACCAGCUUUGCUGUAUCCCAGACUACACCAUCCACCCGAGCGGCAGGAAACCAGCUUCCAUCAUCUAACUUAACUACUGUCUAUAACAAUUGGUGACAUAACAUGUGAUGCCGUUACUUAUAUAUUAAAUAUAUACUGUAUACAUAGAGUAGGAAGCACUACUGCAAAUAUAUUCAAAGUUGGGGUGGAGAGAAUUACCUAGAAUUAUCCAGUAAAUCUGUAUAUAAUUAUUUCAGUGGUGGUUUUUUAAAGCCUUUUAAAGGCACUUGUAGAUUGGGAAAUGCUUUUUUUUUUUCCUGUUUGUAAGAUAAAUGAGGUACAAGCUAUAUAACACAAAUUUGAAAACACUGUAUGUAGGUCUGUAAUGGUCUCUGUGUUAUGGAAAUAAUACUGGAACAAAAGUUCACAAGUGCUUUCAUGAAAUAAUUUGUCCAUAUACUGUAUUGAUUAUUGUGUAAUAUAUUGUAAUUGCUUUUGUAAAUACUUAAAACUGUAACUUUUUAAUGGUGCAUUUCCCUUAUACAUUUUGGAUCAGAAAGUUUUAGAAAGUACCAAAGAAGCAGGGGAGUAUUUUGCCAGUAUUACAUUUUCACACUAUAUUUAUCUCCUCCUUCCUUGUUUCCACUAUUAAACUGAGAUGUGGCAAGACCAAUCAUGUUUGAACCUGUCCCAGAGUAGUUUGUUAUGACUGAUGCACCCAUUCCCACAUAGCAUCAAUGAUCUUACUACCUUCCCUCCCCUCCCUGCCCAAAUACCACAUAUCAGGAAGCUCUCGAAUGUCCCAGAAUUCUGUGGUUUCUGAGAGACAACAUAUAGAUUUAAGGAAAUGUGAGAAAAUGGUGCAAUAUCAGGUCUGCACUGCUCUCCACUUCUCUUCCUUAUAGCCUCAUCAAAGAAACUCCAGUCACAGCCUUUGAAAUAAGUGUUAUAUAUUCUGUGAUGGGACAGACAUGACAGAACUAUUUAGUUAUAAUUCAAGACAUUCUGCUUUUGAUAUUUAGCCGAAAUGGUCACUGAUCAGAAAGUUCAUCGGCUUAUAGUGCACGUACUGGAGGAUAAAACUGACGUGCCAGGACCCUAGCCUGCUCCUGCAGCUGUUGGUUUUUUUAAGUGUGAGGGAGGGAGAAAGCUUGACUAAUGUUUAGGAACCUGAGACUAUUGAAAUGCUGCUAAAUUUUUUGAUAUUGACAGACAUUUUAUUGGUACUUCAUUGUGAUUUUUUCAUUAAUCAGCCAUAUUAAAUUUAUAAUAAAAAUGACCCCUGAAAUGUA